AUGCCUCUCUCAUAUCUGGAUGCACUGGAGCGAAUUCGCUGUGAGGCCGAACAGGAUGCGAUCGCAUUCCGGUCAGGGUUUGAGAGGCUCUCAAUAGAUAAAGCUGUGAGCCGGAUCUCUCAGGUAACCUAUCGAUGCCAUGAGGCAACGCCCAAAUAUGACACCUCCGCUAUGGAUGGCUACGCACUCAACUCGGCGGCAACCCAAUCGGCGACCCCAGAAACCCCAAUCAUCUUCCGAGUCUGUGGCACUAUAGCAGCGGGAGACGAGCCACUUCGUAUUGACAAUGGAACUGUUUCGGACAUUCCCCCCUGCGUCGAAAUCAUGACAGGUGCUCCCUUUCCCCAAAACGCCGGGGAUCGACAAUUCGAUUGUUGUGUACGCCUCGAGGACGUCACUGCGAUUAGUGUUUCAGGAUACCCAUGUAUCGGAAUCAGAAAACCAGCCACCUUCCAACAAAACAGACGGCUAGCCGGUGGCGACUUCUCCCCAGGUGAUAUUAUUAUUUCUGCAGGGCAGGUGAUUCAGCCCUCGCACAUCAUGGCGCUCGCAUCAGUGGGUAUCAUGGAAGUUCAUGUGACACGAAAAACUGUUGUGGGCGUUUUCUCGACAGGAAAUGAGGUGGAGAGGGUCUGUCGGCGUGGCCAACAUCACAUUGCAGAUGCCAAUGGCCCGUAUAUCAGUGCUAGCCUUCAGGCGCAGGGAUCCGAAGUGGACUUUCUGGGCACUCUGGAAGACAAUAGCGACGCCAUCACGCAUGGGAUCCGCGCAGCUUCGAAUACGAACCGGUACGAUGUUCUGAUUAGUUCCGGAGCAGUAUCCGCGGGCAAAUAUGACUUCGUUCCAUCUGCUUUACAGAAUCUCCACGUUCGUCAAGUCUUCCACAAGAUAGCUAUUCGCCCCGGCCACCCGGUUCUCUUUGCCAAAAUCCCCAUCUCAGCUCGCAAAGCCGUGGAGCGUGGCGUCAGGGGUGAUAGAUAUGAGGUGCCGUUCUUCGGACUUCCAGGGAACCCAGUGGCCAGUGCAGCUUGUUUGCAGUUUCUGGUUGCACCCUAUCUGAAACAUCUGCAGAAGCAGUCACCCGAACCAGUACUAGAGGCAACAAUCUGCCAGUUUGGGGACUCCAAGCCUCCGGACCGUGCGUUGGCGCAACUGCUGUUGAAAGUGCCCAAGGAUCUGGAUGUGUUCCGCCCUGGUGUGACUCAGCGUCGCAUCGCUGAUCACUUAGAAGUAACCCCACUGGAACACAGUUCCUGGAAGGUCAAGCCAUUUCUUGAGGCAAAUUGCUGGAUUCAUGUUCCAGCCGGACAAUCGGACGUUUACCAGGGUGACACGGUCAGUAUCUUGGCCAGUCACUGA